CAGAAAGAACAGUAAAAAUGCAGGCAGGGCGCCGGACAAAGCACUCGGGACAAAAUGUAUGACAGGAUGAAUGUCACUUUUUCACAUUUUGAAAUUUCCCGCCAGUUCCGUCCCCCAUAUGUCCCUACGUCGCAGGGAAUGGAACCCAGAAGACGGAUGCUGGCAUUGGCCGGAGGACAUUGCUGAAGAACAUUGCCGGGGACACUGCAGGAGGGACAUCGCGGGAGCGAAGGACAACGUAAGUGAAGAAGAGAUCCUGGAGCAACACUGUAAGGUAUUCCCGAGUGUUGCUCGGGGUUACCGCUUGUGG